GUGAAAGCCAGUUAUCACUUCUCGAUGUGUCAAACUAUCACAGUAUUUCAUGUAUCAUUCAUCCAUUAUUCCAUAUUAGCAAAAACUAUACCAACCUCUCAGAAUGUCAUUCCCAUAUAAACACGUUCUCCUCAUUGGAGCUACAUCUGGAAUCGGUCUCGCAUUGGCUGAACGUCUCAUUCAAGAAUGUAAAGUCACCGUCGUCGGUCGUCGCAAGGAUCGUCUCGAUGAGUUUGUAGCCAAGCACGGCGAUAAAGCGGGAGCAAUCUCUUUCGAUAUUGGUGAUACUGAGAGAGCCUCUCAAUUUGCAGCUGACGUGAUUGAGAGCUCUCCCGAUAUCGAUUGCAUCUUCCUCAACGCAGGAUAUCAACGGAAACAUGAUUUUUCUAAGCCUGAAAGUGUCGAUCUUAAGGCCUUCAACUAUGAGAUGCAUGUGAAUUUUACCAGUUCUGUGGUAUUAACUCACGCUUUUCUUCCCUAUCUUCUGGAGAAAAAUCAUGAGACCAGCUUCAUCUACACCACUUCAAACCUGGCCGUGGUGCCAGCCGCAACUUUAACAGGUUACUCCGCUUCUAAAGCAGCUCUCAACUCAUUCAUUCUUUGCUUGAGGGAUGACCUUCGAGACACGUCAGUAAAGGUCAUCGAAUUAUCUCCUCCUAUGGUUCAAACCGAACUCCAUGAUUAUAUGGGACCUCACGGCCGUAGGCUAGGUAUGCCCAUCGGCGAAUUUAUAGCCGAAUCAUACAUCGGUCUAUGCAGUGGUGAAGACACCAUUUUAAUCCAAGAUGUAGCUUCUGAUGAUAGAACUUUGGAAAUUUCUAAAAAGAGACGGGAGUUGUUUGAGGGAUUGGCGAAGUUGAUUAGAAGUCAUUGAGUUCAGAUAUUUGAAUGAUGGAGAAGGAACGACGAGUCGUAGUCCAGUGACUGGCGGGUAAUCUGGGGGAAUACAAUAAGGGACUUGUAUUCAGAUUCAUAUUGAGAGGGUAGAUCUUAGAGUCCGGUAUUAGCUCUUAGUUCAUUUCUAACAUUGUCUUCGCAAUAUUUUAUUAAUGAAUUUUGGUGUUGAGAAGAUAUCAUCGAUCAAUCGGUACGUAAACGUGGUGUCUA